AUUGUCGCAGAAACCCAGGUGAAGCCACAACACAAGACACUGCUGAAAUGCGGUGAUCUAAUGAUAAGUGAUCUUAAUAGGAAGCCAGGACUAGUUAGCCCUCUGCCUCUGCUUCCCCUCAGAGCUCCUUGGUUCUUGCUGCUUGGGUGAAUAAUGCUGUCCUGGCUGAUAUGAAUUCAUCACUGACUGGGAGCUGAGACAGGAAAAAGAUGCUGUUCAAGGAAAGGACAUCUGGAGUGGCUCCAAAGUGAGGAACUAGGGCAGAAUUGGCUGGAGGCAUUGGCCUGGCCCAGGGAUCUGCCUAGCCUUGGAGUUCUGACUGGCUGCCUGGGACACUGUGUGUGUCCCCUACAGCAUCAUGCUGCAGCAGAUCCUGCAAGACAUGUACAUCGACCCAGAGCUGCUGGCUGAGCUCAGUGAUGUGCAAAAGCACAUCCUCUUCUAUAAGAUGCGAGAGGAGCAGCUUCGGCGUUGGAGGGAACGGGAGGCAUGGGAUGCCCUGGCUCAGGCAGAGGGCCUGAGGCCGGCAAAGGUCAAGAGAGCGAGCAACAAGCAUAUCCAGUGGCUUCUGGGAACAGAUGGUGAGGUCUGGGUGUGGGUCAUGGGCGAAGGCCCUGGAGACAAGCCCUACGAAGAAAUAUCUGAAGAACUGAUUGCAGAGAGGGCCCGGCUGCAAGCACAGAAAGAGGCUGAAGAGCUCUGGAGACAGAAGGAAGCAGAGAUCACCAAGAAGUUCCGGGAUGCCUUGGCCAAUGAGAAAGCUCGGAUUCUGGCAGAGAAGUGGAAAGUGGAGAUGGAGGACCGCAAGGCUGCUAAAAUCCUGGAGGAACGUAUACACGAGGAAUUCAAGAGGAAAGAGGAAGAAGAGAGGCGGCGAGGGGAAGAACAGAUUCGACUCCAAGAGGAGCAGAGGGCAAAGGAACUCUAUUGGACCCUGAAGCAGGCCCAGCUACACUGCCAAGCCAGUGAGAAUGAGGAGCGUGAAUGGGAAGAACAGCUGCGGAGAUCCAAGGCGGCUGAUGAAGAGAGGAGUCGUCGUGCUCAACGAGCCCGGGAUGAAUACCGGCGCCACUCACUCCGCGCCAUCCAGAAGGGCACUGUUGCUGGCCUAAGCACCAUGUUCCAAGAACUUGGCCAGAACCAUGAGCAGGAGGCAAGACUCUAUCACCAACUUCCUGAUACCAGUCCACCAUCACCCCUCACAGGACCUGACAGGACCUGGGAGCGACCUCUACGUCCACUCUCCAGAGAAGUCAUUGUGCGAUGGUUCAAGGAGGAACAGCUGCCUCGCCGAGCAGGCUUUGAGAGGAACACCAAAUCCAUCGCCCCCUGGUUUCAUGGAAUUAUUAGCCGAGAGAGUGCAGAAGACCUUUUGGAGAAUAUGACUGAGGGAGCAUUUCUGGUCCGGGUCAGUGAGAAGAUCUGGGGUUAUACCCUGUCCUACCGUCUGCAGAGAGGCUUCAAACACUUCCUUGUGGAUGCUUCUGGAGACUUCUACAGCUUUCUGGGAGUGGACCCUAAUCGCCAUGCCACCCUAACAGAUCUCAUUGAUUUCCACAAGGAGGAAAUCAUCACUGUUUCAGGGGGAGAGUUGCUACAGGAACCCUGCGGACAGAGGGAUAGCCCACCAGAUUAUCACCUGUUGUUUGAAUGAUUUUUCCCCCUCCUCUUUGGACUCCUUUGAGUAUCCUGAUUUUGAACUGAGCUUAAGAAUAUCCCAACUCAAAACCUCAUGACAUUCUGGAAGAUUCACCAUUCUUCAGAUGAACAAUUAUAUUAGUAAGCCUCCAGAAUGUGACCUGUGAAAUGUGACUGCAUUUGUGAGACUUCCCAUUCCAAAGUUCAAGACAGAAACCUUGAAUAAUGAUGCUCCUGGAGGCCUGUCUGUCAUGGCUGUGCUAAGCUGAAUUCCUAGAGUGAAUGGGUCAUGUUUUAGUAACCCAAAGCAAUUCCAGUGCCGAACGUUUCACUUAUUGUAGGGCCAGCACUCAAUAAGAAUUUGUUGAGUGAAUGCUCUCCUAAAAAAACUCCCAACACUGAUGGUUUCUAGCAAAUUAUUUUGUAUAUCACUUCAUAAAGUCACAGAGAUAGCAGAAGCAGGCUUGUGACUAACUUACAUGGAAGACACACCUGUUUUAUCUUUCCUAGUGUUCCCGAACUUUUUGAUAUUUUCAUGGGCAUUGCCCAAGGUUGCUAUGUUUGACUUUCAGUACGGGAGAUUGGUGUUGUGCUGGCUGCUUCGUUUGACUGCUUCUACCUUCUCUUCUGUCUCGUCUUACAUGUGGCUCUGGUUUUGCAAAUUGAGGUAAUGAUGUCAUGUGAAUGUGCAGAAUAUCUGGAAUGGAUUAUAAACCCAAGGAUCGUGUUUAGAUACUUGAUGAGGCAGGUCUUUGCUCUCUAGAAUGUUCUCUGUGUGCUCUCUACUUACAGGCUUAGCUAUGUUUCAAUUUUAAUUCUUCCACCUCCUUAAUUUAAACAUGUUCUUCUUAAUUAAUGAGAAUAACCUCCCUGUAACUCAGUAACCCUCAAGGGUGGAGUCUAUCUUAGGGUUUUAUUGCUGCAGAGACACCAUGAACACAGCAACUCCUAAAGUGAAAUAUUUCAUUGGGACUGGCUUAUAGCUUCAGAGGUUCAGUCAGUUGUCAUUAUGAUGGGAAGCAUGGCAGCUUGCAAGCAGACAUGGUUCAGGAGAAGGAGAUAAGAGUUCUUUCUAUAUCUUGAUCUGAAGGCAACUGGGAGAGAGACUGCCUUCUAAGCAGCUAGGUGGAUCUGAAUGCCUACCCCUCCAGGUAGGCACUUCCUUCCAACAAGACCAUACCUCCUAAUAAUGGGCCAAGCAUAUUCAAACCACCACAGUAUCUAAUGCAAGCAUAAUCAUGUUGUUUCCUUAAGGAGAUGACAGAUGUUGCAGCAAAAUUGCAGGUUCUGAAAUCUGGAAGGCUUCAGUUCCAGUCCAUACUCUGACACUUGGUGACAUUAUAAUCCUUGCAGAACUGGGUUAUAUAUAAAAGGAUAUAUGGACUCUGGAAACACAAGAAAACUGUUUUAUCUGCCUUGAGAGUUGUGUAGUAAGAAGAAUCAGGUAUCUUUAUUCUCCACUCAACCUCUUGGCUCUUCUGUUUCCUAUAUCCUUGGCCACUUGUGACAUCAUCCACCAUCAUGGCUAUUGUUACAGCCAGUUUUAUGUGGACGACUCUGUUUCCUUCAUUGAUCAUAUUCUUCUGCCUCAUGUGUACAUAUGACAAUGGGACUUUGCCACACAUGAUUCUUUGGGAUCAGUUAUUUUUAUCUUUUAAACUGACUUUUCUUUAUUUUUGAGAAUUUCAUACAUCUAUACAAUGAAAAUUGAUAUUUACUGUUCCCCUUCCCUAUUUUAUUCCCCAGAUCUACCCCAGUAUACUCUCAACAUCAUGUAUUCAUAAAAAGUAACUCAUAGGUACAAGUAAUUUUACCAUAUGAGCAUGAGUGUGAUCUUUCUCUGAGCACUAUAAAAAUCUUACUAGGGGCCACAUCUCCAAAGGAGAGUGACUCUGUUCUUCUCAGAAGAUACCAAUUGCCAAUAGCUCUUCAGUAAGUGGUAGGACCACAAAACAUUUUUAUAGUUAGUUUCUUCUGUUAGAGUCCUAAUAAGACUUACAUGCAGCAUCUGGUAUGCCCUCAAGUCUCUGGUAACACCCUCCUCUACUUGACCCCGAACUAGUUUUAUAAAUUAGAGUUCUGUAAGAUGACCUGUGUUCUGGACUUGCCUUAUUGUUUCCUGUUGUUAUUUCUGUAUUGUCUCUAUUUCAUAUUUCCUGGCUUGAUUGAGAUUGAAUUUGAGGGCAAGAAAAUGUUCUUAGGACAUCAUAUCACCAGGAUCCUUGUCACCUAUUGCCUCAAAUUUUCUAGACUUGUCAGUGGGCUCAGAAUAUCUCAACCUGAGUACCCCAGUUGUCCUUCUUGACCCUUCUCUUUUGUUUUUGCUUUUUGAGAUAGAGUCUUGUUGCAGGAAAUAUUAAAAAGAACGGCCUUGUUCCUGCCCUUGUACCAGCAACUCACUACCCCAGCGGCCUGGCCGGCCAUGCACUGGUAGACAAUGGCUGACCUGUUUUUAUCUCUCGGAGACUCUGACUCAGUGCUCUCUGCCCAGCUUGCUAAGUUUCCAUUGGUGCGUUGUUGCUAUGCCAACCCUGUGUUUCAAAUCCCCUAUGGCCUUUGUGGUGCACCUCAGGCAAAUCCACACUUUGCCACUGUACCUUUCUCUCUUGAACCCAGAUGAGCCACCAGGUGAAGGAAAACACAACACAAACUUAGUUCAGAAACUCAAGCAUUGUGUGCUGCAACUAAAAUCCUAACCUUGUAAACCUUAUUAAGUCUAAAUCCUCUGGUGGUGAAACCUGACAGAUCCGCCUUCGAAACCAGGAGACAUUUGCAGCUACAACUUGUCCUCAUGCUAUCCCCAUCCAAAAGGCCCUAACUCUCCUUCUUCCUCGCUUCCUCCGUGCAACCCAGAAGUCCCACCUACUCACUCAGUGAUUGGCUCCUUUAUUAAUUAGGGGACUGGUUCACAAGAAGUCACCUGGGUAUGGGACUCACUCUUAGUCUGCAGCCCCUCCCAGGAGAGUAGACUUAGCAUGCACCAGGCCCAUCCACAACAGGGUCUCAUAAUGCAGGGUAACCUUAAAUUUACUACAUUGAACUUUGAUCUUCCUGUCUCUACUUCCUAUGUCCUGGGAUAUAUGUGAGUAUCACUAUGCUUGGCUUCCCUUUUGUUCCCCCUGCCCCCCUUUCAGCAAAAAAUGUUACCCUAUAUUUCUCCCCUGUUGCUACAGUGAACCCUAGGUCAAUGGGACGCUCAUGUUGGUCAAUAACUUCUUCCUUCAUCCUCCUGGAUGAAUGACAGCUCUUGAUGUGGCCUCUUAGAAGACAGUCAUGCCAGAUGGCAUAGCCAGAUCUACCAACACCUCUGUUGCCACUCAUUCUCUGUCUUUUCCCUCUCUGGAAAGUUCUUCUGGGAUGCUACUCUGGAGCUUAGUGGCUAUCUUAGUUAGUCUUUACCUCUUGGGAACUCAAAGUAAGUGCCUUCUAUACACAUAUGUAUUCUGACCUUUUGUAACUUGAGUCAGGGUCUUCCCACGUAGCUCAGGCUGUCUUGGAAAUCAUUAGCUUAAGUUUGGUUCUCAAUUCAUGAUCUUCAUGUGUUAGUUUCCUGAAUGCUAGGAUGACAGGUAUGUGUCAUCACAACUGGCCCCAAUACAUUAGAUAAUAACGGUAUCAGUUAUGUAUCAGUUCUGUAGCUUUCCCCGUCAGCCAGCAUCACUGCAUGAGUGAGAUGAUGUGAUGAUGGAGGGAUUCUGCUUUCUGAGCUUUAUGAACACUCAAGCCAUAGCCAAAUUCUGUUCUACACCAGUUCUACCAGGUCUUAGAAGACCUACUCUUGUUCUGAUUUUGCUCUGUGUCAGCCAUGUGAAUUUGUUCAGGCCACUCAAUCUCACUAAACCUCUGUAUAACUGGGGAUAGGAAUUCUUUUUGUUUUUAAUGUGGUCAUCAUUAGCUUCUUCUGGCUGAUCAAUUGAGUGACAAAUAGGGAAUCUCUGUCCAAAUGAAAGACCUUGCUAUCCAUAGCUGCACAGUGGCAGCUUCUUGCCAAGCAGUGCUGUGUCAAGCGAUUCCACAAGAUGAUUUCCCACACACUGGAAGAAAGUUCCAAACAACCUCUUUGAAAGGAGUCCAAGAUGGGUUGAAAAAACUGACUUCCUGGAAGGUUGUUCCUGCUGCCUGCUAAUUAAUAUGUGAGAGAUAACAGCUGAGUUUUCCAUCCCUAACUCAUUUAUUUCAUUUUAUUUGGGGCCUGCACUUUUUGUACGUCUCAUAUAUUUUGGGUUUUACCUGGCUUUCAAAUAAAUUCCUUGUAAGUUGUCCUGCAAAUGAAAUUACUGUCUGGAAAACUGCAAUUUCAUCUUGAGAGUUUUAUUAUGCUAAUAAAUGUCAGAAUUCUCAAA